CUACCCUGUCAAAUGCUGUUUGGCAGUGGGAAAGAACCGCGUUUCUGUUGGUGAGCAUAGUAUUAGUAUGUUAGUAGCCACAGUCAACAUACUCACAAACUACCCUGUCAAAUGCUGUUUGGCAGUGGGAAAGAACCGCGUUUCUAAUGAAAAAAAUUCCAAAGCAAUAAACCACUUCUGGGAAUUACACCAAAUUUUUCAAACCGAGAACAUGUAUAGUGAGGAAAAAGCAUAUCUACGACAAGAUCAAAUCAAUAUUGAACAGACACAACAUAUAUUGAACACAACAAGAGAGACGUUUUCCCAAAAUCUUAAAUUUCAACAAACAGUCAUUAAACAACACUUGUUUAGUGAGACGAACGAUGAGGAUUCGGAAUCAAUAAUCGGACAAAAACGAAAUUGCGGUUCAGCUUUCCCAAAAAAUAAAGGACACGAAUCUGAUUCUGAUGAUCGUGAGAGAAGAUAUCGGCAGAACUCACCACAUAAGAGGCAAUGCAUCGAACCAAUUGCGGAUGCUAAAAACAAUCCGUUUUUUGAAUCAGAGAAUAAUUUGGACAAAGAGAAGGCCAAGUCUAAAUCACCAUCUAUCUCUUCACCUGAGAAUGAGAAUACUCCUCUGGUUCACAAUAACGUUGAAGACGAGUCACAACAUUGUAAUGAUGAUGAAUCGUAUGGCGAAGUAUCACCGAAUUCGUAUGAUGAAGACCACUAUUAUACUUCAAAUUUCGAACUAUCUGAGGAAGUGAAGCAUUUGGACGCGAAUGAUGCAUUAAUUCGGAAUAUCUUUCUUGAAGUUCGAAGUCAAUUCCGAUCUAGGGAUCUUGAAUCAUGCAAAACGAUAAUGGAUUCGAUUUUUUUAAACGGAAUAAUUGAUAUGACAGAUCCCGGAGUGAAGGAAAAUUAUAAAGAAGGUUUCUUUUGUUUUACCCCACCUUCUUCACUACGCGAGAGAGUUAUGACGCGUAAAGACGCUGCAAAACAACAAAAAAUUAGUGAUCCCAAGUUCGUUCCAUACGUCGCUCCAAAAGCCCCAAAGGAAGCUGUUAUUUCUACACCAGCUCCUUCGUCUUCUUCAACCUCAACUUCUGUCCCCACCAACUUAGAUUUAGAAAUUGUUCAAGAAGUUUUUG